AUGAUCCACUCGAUCCAGACCCUUAUUGUUCUCGCCGGCCUCGCCUCCGCCGAGCUCGCGCCGCGCCAAAGCACCACUGGGGUCGAUAUCACGGCGCUGAACAAAAACGUUUCUGCAACGUCGGGAACGGGCGCAGUCAGCGCGGCGGGAACACUGGCGCCGUUUGGCGCGAUCGGGGUCGGGUGCGGGGUCAACUGGGCCGAGGGCCAGAGUUACGGAGGCGGUUUGCAAUCCGGCUCUGAUUCCUUCGGCCUCGGUGGCGGAUUCACCAUCACCGAGGACACAAUGAACAUCGGCUUAGGGAUCGGCAUCAACGGUCCGCAAGGUCUAAAUACCUCGGUCACCUACCAGGCUUCGACCAACGGCACCGCGAGCAUCAUCUUCACAUCGACAAAGGGGGUCACGUGCCAGGAGACGACGGUCGACGGUCUCAAGGGCUUCCAGUGUAUCUCGCUGUAG